AUGUCAUUACGGCAUUUAUCACCACGUAAUAAACAAUCUCAAAUGAAUAGUUUAUCAUCCGAACGGGAUUAUAAUUAUCAUAUGAAACAUUCUAAAAAUUUUACCAAUCUGUUAGAUAAAUCGUAUAAAAAUUCCACGUCAAAAUAUCAUUCAUAUUUAUCACAGAAUAAAUUGUUAAACAGUUCAAAGGGGACAGAUUCAAAAAAUCAAGCAUUUCUAAAAUAUCAGACCUCGAAAUCAGAUAUAUUCACUAAUAAUAAGGAAGUACAACAACAAGAAUUAUUAAAUUUCAAAAGUCAUCAAUCUGAAUCCACCUAUUCUUGUCACUCACCAAUAAUACAUGUAAGGAGUAAUAUUCGUAAUGAUGGCUUCAGUUUUUUAAAACAUUUAAACAAACCUAGGAAAUAUUCACAUGCUAGAAAUUAUAAUGCAGUCAAUAAUUCAUAUGAUGAUAUGAUACAUUUGAAUAAUAAACUAAAUGAGAACAGUAUUAGAAGCAAUAAUAAUAUGUCGGAUACCUUAUCACUCAAUAAAUAUACUCUAUCGACAUAUAGACCACAAGAUUCAUUUAUCAAACACCAUGAUGCUAAUGACAAUCAUCUUCUAUAUCAACAUCGAGGUCACCAGCAAUUUCAAGCCCAAUCCAGUUUAAACUCAUCGCAAUCAAACUGUAAGAAGAACAAUAAUAAUAUUGAACUGUUGGAUAAGUUAUCUCAACAUCAUCAAGGUGGGGAAUCAGUUAGUGCUCAAGUGAUAAACCCUGCUAACAACAACAAUAACAGUAAUUUUGUUGAUGGCGUCAGUAGUACUGGUACUACAACACUUGGUGUAUCCGAUCCUACCAUAUUAAAUAACAAUAAAAAUCAAAAUAAUCAUGUACCACUUGUUGUUCCACCAUUGAUAGGCAUAAAUGAAAUCAAUUCAGAUGAUUAUCAUAUACUAGGCGAGGAUAUUAACUCAACUAAUCACGUGAAUAACAGUACAGUGAAUAUUUCAGACGUGACUAGUCAACCAAUCCUCUUGCAUAGUCAACGUGAUCAAUGUACAAAUGAUGAUGUGUUACAUUUCAGUCGAAAUAAUUCCUUAAAAUCAAAUUUUUGGUUACCUAAAGUGGCAAUGAAUUCAAAUCGUACAAAAUGUGAUGAUGUUUUAUCGACUAGUUGGAAUUUAUUAACAACGAAAAGUUGGAAAUCAGAACAAGAAAUUGAAAAUAAAAAAUCACAUAUGAAUGGAAUAAAUAGUAAGGGUGGAUUUUGGUUUCGUGAAAGAUCAACAAAUAUAAAACCGUUAGCAGCAGUCCGACGACAAUCAGAUCGACAUCAAUAUGAACAGAAACAUUCAAAGACAAUGAAAUUCAAUUCGUUAGUAAAUCAUUGUCCAUUAAUAAAUCAAUAUUUAGCAUCGAAUAAAUCACUUCAACGACACUAUGAUUCAUCAACGGAACAAAUUGAAAUUUUCAGUUUACCUGAAGCAAAAGUGAAAUAUCCAUAUAAUUUGAAGGUGACAAACUCAUUGAUCAAUUCAAAUUAUUCUAUUGUCUCAUCGAAUAAACAGAAACCUUUUAAACUAUCUACACAUCAUACACCAAAAAUAAUUGAUGACGCUGAUAGAAGGACGAAAUCUAAAAUGAAUAACAAUUAUAAUAAUAAAGAGAUGAAUCAUAUUUCAACAGAUAGUGAUGUUUCUUUGCUUGGCGUUGAAUUAACAGUACAACCAAUAUCAAAUAAUGAAAAAUUAGGCAAAGAUUAUGAAAAUGUUAUUAAAAUUGAAAAACCAUCAACGGUUACCAUAUCAACUGUGGAAUGUAGUAAAAAUCAAGUUAAUCAUUCAUCUAUACAAAAUAUUCAUUCAUUAAGUCAUCAAAAUCGUGUUAUGAAUGGUGAUUAUCAUAAUUCAGAUUAUGAGAAUCGUGUUGAAUUGAAAGACACUGUAAAUCGUGAAAUGAUUAUCCGUAUAACUAAUCAUCAAAAUGAAAUUUGUACAGAUGGUAUAAAAAACUCAAAAGAAAAGUCCAUUUUAAUUGAACCACAAAAGCUGAAUCAAUUAGAAUCUAGAAAGAUGUCCAGUUUUGGUGAAGAUGAUACGGAACCUGUAAAAUCCAAUGGAAAAAUGAAUAUUCCUAUGACCCCACAUACUGCUUUAAGUAUUUAUGGAAAGAAAUUGACAUCAUAUGAACGAGAUGAAAUAUUAAAUUUCUCUAAAAUUUGGUAUCUUGGUCUUUCUGCUCAAAAAAUUGAAGGAAUUAUCGGCUCUUCAAGUAAUCAUGGUUAUGAUGAUGAAGCUGGAGGAUAUAUAAAGAUAACUCAUGAUCAUAUCGCUUAUCGAUUUCAAACAUUAGAAACUUUAGGUAAAGGUUCAUUUGGUCGAGUGAUACGAGCAAUUGAUCAUAAAUCUGGAUUUCCUGUUGCAAUAAAAUUAUACGAAAUAAAAAGAGUGUUUACAAGAUACUAUGAAGAGAUUUUAUUUCAUAUGAACCUAAAAUUUCAUCAACAGGCUCAAGUGGAAGUGGCUAUUUUAGAGAAUCUGAAGAAGGCUGAUCAUAGGAAUACGCAUAAUAUUAUACAUAUUAGAGAUCAUUUCACAUUUCGUAAUCAUUUAUGCAUUGUCUUCGAUUUACUCGGCUCAAAUUUAUAUGAUCUCUUACGAAAAAAUGAUUUUCGUGGCUUUACAAUACAUUCAUUGAAAAAAAUUGCAGUCAAACUACUCAGUUGUCUUUGUUUAUUACGAAAACAAGGCAUUAUUCAUUGUGAUCUAAAACCAGAGAACAUUCUUGUCGGUUUGAACAACCCUUCUGAACUGAAAGUUAUUGAUUUCGGUUCAAGUUGUUUUGUCCACCAGAAAACUUACACAUAUAUUCAGUCACGUUUCUAUAGAGCACCAGAAAUAAUUUUAGGAAUACCUUAUGGUCCACCAAUCGAUAUGUGGAGUUUAGGAUGCAUUUUACCUGAAUUGUAUACAGGUCGUCCAUUAUUCCCCGGGGAAAAUGAAAAUGAACAGUUGGCUUGCAUCAUGGAGGUACUUGGUCUACCAUCUGAAUUAAUUCUUGAAAAAGCCACUAGGCGAAGAGUAUUUUUCGAUUCGAAACAUUCCCCAAGACAUUUGAUCAACAGUCGAGGUCGUAAACGUAUUCCUGGAAGUGAAACACUUGAAGAUCUAGUCAAAACGGUGGAUUCAAAAUUCUUGAAUCUGUUGAGUCAGUGUCUCACAUGGGAUCCAGAUGAAAGAAUCACACCGAAUGAAGCCUUAGUGCACGAAUGGAUUGCCCGUGAAAAUGACCAGCAUAAACAGACUGUUACAUUUCAGUCACUGGAACAUAGUAAUUCAGAGGUUAUGCAAAAGGAUACCAUUGGUUGA